UGGGCUCGACUAGCCCGCUACGCUGGCCAUACGAGUCAUGGCCGGGUCGGGCCGGGCUCAGCAGGGCCGUCCUCUGAUAAGUUUGUCCUCCUCCCGGAGACCCCGACCGUCCCUCGUCGGGAGAGGGGCCCCGGCUGCGCUCUCCAGUGAGCCUCCACUCCCACCACCGCUCACCUCGCCUCACGCACGCAACACAGUCUCGCUCCCAGACCCCCCACCACCCGUCGCCGCUCCUCCGCCGCGGCGAUGCUCCUCGCCGGGCCGCAGCCCCCUACCCCGCCGCUGCUGCUCCCGGAGAGCAGCGGCGAGGACGGCGGCGCCCACGACCACGACUCCUCCUCGCGGGCCUCGGCCCCGAAGAAGCGCGCCGAGACCUGGGUCCAGGACGAGACGCUCAGCCUCAUCGCGCUGCGCCGUGAGAUGGACAACCACUUCAACACCUCCAAGUCCAACAAGCACCUCUGGGAGGCCAUCUCCGCCAAGAUGCGGGAGCAGGGCUUCGACCGCUCCCCGACCAUGUGCACCGACAAGUGGCGCAACCUCCUCAAGGAGUUCAAGAAGGCUCGCAGCCACGCCCGCAGCAGCGCCGGCGCCGGCGGGAACGGCUCCGCCAAGAUGGCCUACUACAAGGAGAUCGACGACCUGCUCAAGCGCCGCGGGAAGGCGGCCGCCUCGCCCGCGGGGAGUGGUGGUGGAGGUGGCGCCGCGAAGAGCCCCACGCCCACCUCCAAGAUCGAGUCUUACCUGCAAUUCGCGGAUAAAGGUUUUGAAGAUGCCAACAUUCCAUUUGGUCCUGUUGAAGCGAGUCAUCCACUUGCCUUAACGACAGCUGAUGCAGUUGCAACCAAUGGUGUGAAUCCAUGGAACUGGAGAGACACCUCAACUAAUGGUGGAGAUAAUCAAGGUACUUAUGGUGGGAGGGUCAUCCUAGUCAAGUGGGGUGACUAUACUAAAAGAAUAGGGAUUGAUGGUACUGCCGAGGCAAUUAAAGAGGCCAUCAAAUCGGCCUUUGGAUUAAGAACAAGGCGGGCUUUUUGGCUUGAAGAUGAGGACGAGGUUGUUCGUUCCUUGGACAGGGACAUGCCAGUCGGAGUAUAUGCUCUUCAUCUUGAUAAUGGGAUAACAAUCAAACUCUGCACAUUCGAAGAUGCAGACCGCAUGACAGUCCGGACAGAAGAUAAGACAUUCUACACUGAAGACGACUUCAGAGAUUUUCUGUCACGGCGUGGUUGGACACUCCUCAGGGAGUAUAGUGGCUACAGAGUUGCUGAUACUCUGGACGAUCUUCGCCCUGGCGCGAUUUACCAGGGGAUGCGCUCGCUUGUAGAUUGAUCCUGCAUCAUUUGUCCGACAAAGGGCGUCUAUAUCUGGGGUAUGUUGGUUUUGAGCCCAAGUUCGCCCUGCCAAGGUGGAGAGGGUUUGAUUGCCCAUGUUUUGGCCGAAUCGGCAAGUUUUUGGGCUAUGAUAAUAAAAAAUAAAUGGGAAAACAUACCCCUAAAUUAAUGUCCACCAUAGAAGUGGUCCGUCCAUACAGGUGAACAUAGUUCGAAGCCAGUUCUAGGCAUCCCUGACUGUAAAUGUAUUCCUGUAUUCGGGAGCCAUAUUUUAAGACUAUAGGAAUGGCUAUCUAAGUAAAUAUAUAGCCAUGGAAACAAACUCUGUAAGGUUUCCCGAGUUUCAUUUUGCUCGGUGCUGUUGUUACAGGAGCCAUGACCAGGCUGUUUGAGAUUCA